CCGGAACAUAUUCACGACCUCUCAUUCGGAUUUCCUCGAAUAACAAUUUAAAGUUUUAGCUGCCGUUCCUCGAUCAAUCAAAACCACCACCAUUAACAAUGUUGCCAACCAUUGCCGCUGCCGCCAACUGCUACCGGUUCACUUCCCCUCCUCCUCUUCAUCAGGUUUGCCUAUACGGAGGAGGGAAGGCCGCCGCCUCAUCCUCAUUCAAAGUUAAAUGCAUCUUGAACCAUAGUGAUGUUAUCAUUUCUUCUUCGUUAUCAAAUUCAAACAAUAAUAAUAUACUUCCUCUGGCAACUACAGUCAACGAUAAAUAUCUUUCAUCAUUUAUAAUAGCGACGGCAGCAGAUAACGAUGAGUUGUCCACCGAAAUUAAUGAUUUCCUUAGUGCUCUAGUUUGUAAUACAGACACCGCUAUUACCAAUACUUAUUUUAGAAUCACUUCAACACUAGGCCUUGCUAUCGAGUCAUUUAAACUGUCUACCACCACCGCAUUAUCAGGAAUUUCCACCAGCGCUAAGGGAUUCUCGUCUAAAGCCGUUGUUGUAGCUGUUGAUGGCUUCAGAUACCUUCUCGUAACACUCGGCCACCUUCUCGCCUCUGGUUAUACAUCUUUCAAAAAUAUCCUCCCUCCUGACCUCCUUAAUCUCCUUAAUUCCUUUGAACAUGAUACUUUCGCCCCAGCUUUUCAACAGGUUUAUCCUGUGUUUGAGGGAACUGAUCCCAUCAUCUCUUUUCUACUUUUGCUUGGAACGUCAACUACAUUAUGGAUUUCUUACUGGAUCCUUACCUAUGCUGGAUAUGCUGGAGACUUGUCUCCAAACUUAACUAUGGAACUUCUCAAUGGAAAACAAAGUUCUGUCCUAAUUGAUGUCCGCCCUGAGGAUUUCAGACUAAGAGAUGGCAUUCCUGAUCUCCGAAGGACUGCUCGGUUUCGUUAUGCCAGUAUCACAUUUCCCGAGGUUGAUGCCAAUGUUAGUAAGCUUCUCAAGAGUAGGAAAGAUCUUGAUGAUGCAUUGGUUGCUGCUGUCAUUCGAAACUUAAAAGUUGUUCAAGAAGGGUCUAAUGUAAUCGUAAUGGAUGCUGAUGGGGCUCGCUCUAAAGGAAUCGCAAGAUCACUGAGGAAAGUUGGGAUUAAGAGACCAUACCAAGUCCAAGGUGGCUUCCGCUCUUGGGUUCAAGACGGCUUGCGUGUUAAAGAGCCAAAACCCGAGACAACACUUACUAUAUUAAAUGAGGAAGCGGAGGCUAUUCUAGAGGACAUCACUCCCCAGCAAGUUAUUGGGUAUGGCGUGGGUUUUCUGGCAGCUGCUUAUGCAUUGUUAGAGUGGGAGACGACUCUGCAACUGAUUGCUGUUAUUGGCCUUGGUCAGACUAUAUAUCAGCGGGUUGCUUCUUAUGAGGAUUCGAAAGAUUUUAACAGAGAUGUGAAGCAACUUCUUGCCCCUGUUAAGAUGGGAGGCGUGGCAAUUUCAUGGGCUGCUGGAAAGUUGGAAAGUAAUGGCAAUGGAUUGCCGACUUCCCCCUCGUCUGUAAAUCUCCAGAACAGGGUGCUGCAAGCUGCUGCAAAACAUGAAUCUCAGCCAUCUGAUAAUGAAGAAGCACAGGAUUCAUCAACAAAUUCUGUCAAUCAGAGCCCGGAUCUCUCUGAAGCCUAGACGUACUAAGCACAUCCAGGUGUAAUUCCAUUCAACCAUAUUAUUGUUAAAUGGUAUCUUGUGAAAUGCUUAGUUGUUGUACUUAAGCGUCAUACCACUAUAUUACUUAUACAUGUAAUAAAUUGCUGCACAGCCUUUGAUAUUGUAUCAUUUUUUUACUUA